AUGGCCAGAGACAUGCAAGUUAAGUUUGAUAAAUACUGGAAGGAUUAUUGUGUAAUCUUGGCUAUGAGAGCAGCUCUAGAUCCAAGAAUAAAGAUUAAUAUGCUGGAAGCAGCUUAUAAAGAAGUGGAUCUGACUACUACAAGCUUGGAGACUGAAAAACUCAAGAAAAGUUUGAGUGAUCUCUAUAAAGAGUAUCAAAAACUGUCUCAAACAAGUUCUUCAGGUGGUUCACUUGCGCCAACUCCACAUGAGAUUGUCACAGAAUCUCCACUUGAAGAUGAUUACUAUAAUAGCAUUGGAGGUGGAGCUGGUGAUCCAAAGACACAUUUGGAUAUCUAUUUGGAAGAACCCAGGCUAAAUAGGAAGGCUAACUUAAAUUUGGAUGUCUUGAGUUAUUGGAAAGAGAACCAAUAUCGAUUUGGGGAUUUAUCAUCUAUGGCCAGAGACAUCCUCAUCAUUCCGAUCACCACAGUAGCUUCUGAGUCUGCCUUUAGCGUUGGUUCCCGAGUUUUAACUCCUUACCGAAACCGUCUCUUACCUAAAAAUGUCCAAGCUCUUCUUUGCACUAGGAAUUUGCUGCGUGGUUUUGCUGAAUACCAAGGUAAAAAAGCUUAA